GGUCACUACUAAAGGUCACUCCUAAAGUCCGGUCCCCAUUUGUAUGUCAGGCCACUCAUCGUCAAGAUGGACAACUUGCUGGCCUUGUCUCUCUGCUUUGUCACAGUUGCUGCGGCCAUUUCGGAUCCCUGUACAAACUACCGGGACAUCUCCGAGCCCCACAGGAGUGUGGCGUUCAUUCCCGAGGGUACGGACAGACUUCUGUGUGAUCGCGCCCUACUGACGGACUGGUACCGGUUCAGUAAUGGCGACAUGCCCACGUCCUGUGUACCGUCCUAUCAUUGUGGUACUAACGCUCCUAUAUGGUACGACGGAACACUACCGUCCCCAGCCGACGGCAUCAUUACCGGGAAAGCUUGUAUCAAUUUUGGACAGACUGCCAGUGCAGCUGCCUACGGCGGAACUACAUGCUGCCACCAUUCCUUACCGAUCCAGAUAAAGAACUGUGGCUCUUACAACGUGUAUCACCUGGCCAGGACGCCCGCCUGCUUUAUGGCUUAUUGUGCAGGAAAUCAGCACGUGUGUCCGAUCGGUCAGACAAACAUCGGUUCCAACACUUGUACGGAUCUUUAUCCUAAGAUGACCCAUUUCCCUACACUGGGUCAACCUUACAUAGACCAGAACAAUCACGUGCAGUUCCCGUGCCACAUUCCGUACCCUAAGGGAGAGCCUGAUGUCGGAUUCGAUGUGACGUGGACGGUGGACGGACAACCAAUAACUGAUCCUAACACUAAUGUCCCAUUGGUGACGAAACUAACCGGGGACAGCAGAGAUGCCUUACUGGACAGCAUUCAUAUGGCCGGACACAUGGGAAAGACGCUGAAAUGUAACGUGACGUCAUACCACGUGUCAUCCCCGGGUAUUCAGAGUGACUCGCUUAGCAGCAACGGAUUCUGGGCCGGAAUAAGGGCCUCCACCAAUGCCAUCACAGCCGACGAGAAAGGUACGGAGCAGGAAGUGACGUUGGAAUCCACAGUUCCUAUUCCCUGUAACGACCCACAUAAACAAGUCUGCUCCGUCCAAGUAGAGAUGAUGUCUUCUAAGGACCCAUUCGAUAUUUCUACUACGUCCUGUACAUAUACUUUGAAAUACGACAACGCCAGUCACACCUACAAGGCCACAAUUAAGGUCACGGCCACACGUGACUUCGUCAAGGACGGAGACCAGAUUCACGAGCUGGCAUUCCGCCCCCUCCUCACGUGGACGAAUCCUAUGUUCAAUGGUUAUAAAAUCAAUCCCAUACAGGUGACAUCCCGAGACCGGCCGCACGCCCUUUGUUCCGCCUCUGGCGAUCCUCACUUCAGACAAAUAGACAGAAAAGGUCGAAUGGAUGUUUACGAAGUUGGGGAUUUCGUUAUGUACAAAAGCAAAACCAGACCGUUUGAGAUCCACAUCAGAACCUGGUCGUGUGGAAAGUAUCACCCUUGUAUCUGCGCAAUCACUGCUAGGGAGGGAAAUGACAUAGUUAGCAUAGACAUGUGCGAGAAACGGAAGAACCAGUUAGCUGCUCCAGACCUGAAAAUCCUGUCUAACGGACCUCUCCAUAGUAUGACCAUCGACCGGGAUCCUUCCGGAAAACACUUUUACUUAAACUUUGCAUCUGGCGCACGUUUAGACGUUGGAGCGCAUGUAGCCAGAGUAAACCACGGAGCUGAACUUGACGGGCACAUGAGUGUGUCGCUACAGGCACCAUCCGACGACCUUGACGAGUCGGAAGGCCUGUGUGGAACCUUUGACGGCACAGAUAUCAAUGAUCUGGAGGGAGCCGAUCGGCAUAUUUACGACUCGCAUCAUGUCCGAGAUUUCUACCACUCCUGGCUUUUGAAGCCAGGGACCAGUAUGUUCGAUAGCCAGCCAAUGUUUGACCCACGCUAUGAUCGCCCUGAAGUCUUCUGUAAAUGUGAUCACUCCAGAGCUGAUUGUACGAAGGCUAAGGGCAACAACCCCAGUGCAAAGAACUGCCAUGGUAAAUGCACCCCAAUGCAGCUUCAAGGCGGAGCCCAUCCUCGUGAUCUAGAUUACCCAUACGAGGCGCCAAUCAAACGAGAUUUCAAGUCAGUUCAUAUCGCGAAGAGGAGUUCAUUUCCGACCCCAAGUGGAAUUACUCAAGCCAUGGCUACGACAAGCUGUACCAACGCUAUCCAUGGCUCCUCCCUGUACAACCGAUGUCGAUCUGUUCUCUCACCUGAAAUUACACAGCAUUAUAUUGACGCCUGUGUGGAGGAUAUGAUGUAUGCCGAUGGGGACGUUUUCCACAUUGUCCAUAUGAAUUCUUUUGAUACCGAAUGCCAAGAUACUGUCAUGCGCGAUGUUACAAACUACGCCAUCGGUCCCGACCGUGAGAGAAUCCCACCAGCUGACGUCACAAGUCACAUGUGUCCCAAUCAAUGCAGUAGACUAGGAACAUGUCACGAGGGCACCUGUUCUUGUCACACCGGCUAUACUGGUCCUGAUUGUUCAGUCCCAGUAGGUGUCGCUCCAGUCGUCAGCCAUUUGCGCGGAGAUGGUGUGUGUGACGUCAGAGGUCGGCCAUGCAUGAAGGUGCAGGUGAUAGCCCAACAUCUGAUGGAUGGCCCAGGACUUAAAUGUCGCUACCAAAGGGUCGAGGUCCGUGAUGGAAGUCUUCAUCCAGUUGGAUCUAUCAUCGAGGCGCCAGCAAAGUUCACUAGCUUCCUUGAAGUAGAGUGUUCUCUGCCGCCCAGUGAUGUGUCUACCCGAGAUAGUACCGUAGCGGCAUUCAUGGUGUCUGUGACUACCGACGGGCAUAGGUACAGUACCCCACGCCCCUUCGUCGUGUACGAUGGUAGCUGUCAAGUUUGUGACGUCACUGGUAACUGUACACUCAAGGACAACACAUGCCUCAUCGAAAAUUCCUGUAGAGCAGCUGGCGAGCAGAGUACUGACCACACUGCGUAUUGUUCCCCAUCGACUGACCCCCACAGCUGGACCUCUGGCUCUACCCUAACAGAGAUCAACACCUACACAGCCACGCGGUCCGGUUGCCAGUGUGGUUUUGAUAAAACUAGGUUUGACUGUGCCUGUUGCAAAAAUAACGGCUGUCAGUGCGGAGACGCAAGACCCCACAUAUGUAUUUACUGUGAACACGUGGAUUCAUGUUCUUCCUACCCUGAUAUUGUCGAAUAAAUCUAACGAAGUUUA